AUGGGCAAUCAUGGAAGUUAUGAUGCGCUCGUGCCUUUACGAGACUUUCCUUCCGCGAUGAAUCAGAGGAACGCUAGCUAUAAAGAACCAACCCCAUCAGAUAGUCCAGUGCCACUUCGCCGAGUCAGCAUCGACUCGAGCGGCAGCAUACGCAUCAACGAAGAUGGUAAAUCCACCUCAACGCCCGAACGACGCAAACCCGUUAUAGGCCGCGACAGAUCAACCGCAGUUCGCUACUUCCUGCAAUUCCACAUAAUUCCACUCGCAGUCGCAGCAACCCUAAUCGUGCUGAAUGUUCAAACCCGCUUCCUGGGGAUAGACAGCCAGUGGACGAACUUGCUUCAAUUCAUUGCCAAAUUGCACGAAAUAUUGAUGCAGAUAUCAAUCGCGACGGCCAUGAUCGGGUAUCAGCAAUAUCUGCUCACUCAAUCGACCUCCGCGGUGCCGUUCGGCGCAAUAUUCUCUGCGUAUCAUGCCACGCAAGUGGGAUAUUUGUGGUCUCCUGAGUUCCGGGCCAGUGUGACGACACCGCGGUUUCCCAUGUUACUGAAGAUGGGCUUUGUGUGCUUUGUUGCGGGGAGUAUUUUGCUUGCUUCGGGCGUUGGGCCGGCGAGUGCUAUUGCGAUGUUGCCGAGACUCGUUAGUUUCUCGAUUGGGGAGUAUGAGUUAGGGCUUGACCAUGUGUAUGGUGAUGUUUUCCCGAUGGCACUCACACAGCCCGGUGCGCUUUUGGAAGAUGAUAUAUACAACUUGAACGAACAGUCUCCCGCCAUCGGCUGGGAAUACCUCCGAAACCUCCCAAGCAUUGGCCAGGACCAAGCCACAUUAUUCGGAUUGCAAUACGUGACUCAAGAACUAGGAAACGGAUACGGAAGAUUUGUCGACGAGAUGCCACCACUAUACCCGGUCGAGCUUCCGACCAUCAUCCACCGUGCUGUAAACAUCCUUGAGACAUAUACGAGAACGUUGUAUGUGCAAUAUGCGCCAAAUAGUACAGUAGCUAUUGUGCAGCAAGCACCGGUUGCAGCGGGUUUGUCUAUGAUGGCUUGGAGGUCUCUUGAGGAUAAUUCUCGAGCCACGACGGGGGAGGCGCGAAUCCAGAUCGCGCAUCCAUUUGUGAGCUCGAUUUGCGUACUAAAUGCGAUUAUGAAUGAGAAUGAUACCCGUGUUCUUGAGUUUCCGGCAACUUUUCUUAAUGCAACUGGUGCCAACGGGGUUGAUACUGUGCCAUAUAAGAAUAUAACUCGACAGCAGCUCUGGAAUCAGAGUCAGGACCAAGGUCAAGGACAAAUCAUCUGGGUAGACGAUGUUCCCUUCUCGACUGAUCAGACACUAGGCGCCAUCGUCGUACAGCCCGAUCUCUGCGACAAUGGCCAGAAAUACCUCAGCGCAUCCACAUGCGCCGUGAGCGGGUUAUGGGCAAAUGCAACAUCUCGCAUGUUAGCCACAAGCCUCACAAACGCAACAAAUAUGUUCGACCAACGAGCCGAAACUCUCGUCUCGGGCGACUUCCUUAACAUCUUCCCCUCGUCGUCCUGGCAGGUAAAUGCAAUCACUCUAUCCAAGGAGUGGGCGAACAGCAUCACCACUCAAAUCUCCAACCAGAACCGCACCGUGGCAGACAACCUCCUCAGAUCGAUGUUACUAACUGAAAAUAUCUGUCCCGCAAACGGCAGCUACCCCCCCAGCUCACUGGAUCCCCGUUCCCCUUCCUCCCGACCCAUGAUGCACGAAGCCCUCGUCUCUGCACUUGUUGCGAAUGGCAUGUCCCACGCAACAGGACCAUUCAAAAUGUCCAACUGGAGACUAAAAAACGGGGACUUCCAGUGGACCAAUGCUAAUGGUGACGAAGACAAACCUGCAGCGUUGAUACUCACAUUCCAGGCCAGUGUGGUGGGUUAUGCGUGGACUAUGGAUGGAACGGGUAUCAAAAUCGCAGUUCCGAUUCUAAUUAUAUAUUGUCUUUAUGUGAUUAGCUAUGUUGUGUAUACUCUAAUCUAA